AUGGCGAGGGUGGUGAUGGUGGCCUUGCUGCUUCUGCUGCAGUUAUGCAACGUGAUCCUCGCGGCGAGGCCCUUGCUGCAGGUUGCGGCCGCAGGGGGUGGCCGAGGGAUAUCAGAGGCGCUGAUCAUGGAGGUCCUCGGGGGACCCGGCGGUAACUGCCACGAAACACAGGCUCCCAACUUGCUUUGCCCGCCGCCGUCGCCCUAA